AUGAUUCUAGAUCGUGUUAGAGCCGAUAUGGUACAGAAUAGUCCCAGCCCAUUUGAAGUUGGUCGCGCUUUCGUUCAUCAAUAUUAUACUUUACUCCAUCAGGCUCCGAAUUUAUUACAUCGAUUUUAUUCUACAGAUAGUACAUUUAUUCACGGUGGGGUUGAUCGACCGGGAAAUGUUGAACAACCAGCUGUGGGUCCUCAAGAUAUUUCACGAAGAAUUACAGAUUUGAAUUUAAGAGAUUGUCAUGCCAAAAUUAGACAGGUUGAUUCACAUCCAACAAUUGGCGAUGGGGUCGUUGUUCAGGUCACAGGUGAAUUAUCGAAUGGUGGUGAGCCAAUGCGUCGUUUUAUGCAAACAUUUGUAUUAGCUCCACGUUCACCAAAAAAAUAUUAUGUUCAAAAUGAUAUAUUUCGUUAUCAAGAUGAAGUUUUUGAUGACCAGUCUGACGACGACAGAGAAUCAACAAAUUUUGGUGAAAAUUCUAUAACAGACAAAGUAUCAAUAGCUGGUUCCACUCAUAUGCAAGCAUCUACAUCACAACAACAAACUCAACAAUCAUCACAACAAGAUCAGCAACCACCAACAUCAUCGUCAACGGGAGUUCAUCAAGUUCUGUCACCUCGAACACAGCAAUCAUCAACAUCCUCUUAUCCUGGCACUGCACAAACGGCAGCCACAGAGUCCUUACCUCCUAGAGAAACUACACAGCAUCAGGUUGAAAAUGUCAGCAAUACUACCGGUGAUUCAAAUGUUGCUAAUGGUUUAACUAUCGACGAAGAAGGCUCGUAUGAUGCCGCUGAUCAUCAGUCGACAUUAGAUAACCACAGUCAAGAUCAACAAUCAGGAGUUCAAGAUCAACAACAGCAUAUUCCAGACACACUGCCAACAGCUAGUCAACAACCACAAAAACAAACCACUACACCAGAAUCACACACAUCUUACGCUGGCGUUGUAACAAAAUCGAAUCCUCCUUUGUCUUCAACUACAACAAGCGCUCCACUCGCACGUACACAACCAACUAAUGUUCCACCUUCAUCCUCUACUGGUGUUCGUCCUCCCGCACAAUCCAAUCAACAACAAUUGUCGCAACAACCAACAUCAAGAGGUCAACAGAAUUCAGGUAAUGGUAGCGGCGGUUUUACUCGUCCAUCAACCACUAUUCCCCCAUCAAAUCAACAACAAGCACGUCGUGGAAAUGACUACGGUGGUGGACGAAAUUUUUAUCCUCCUCGUCAAGGACAACAAAUCGGCCGAUGGUCAGGUGAUGGCCAAGAUGAUAGUCCAGAUAGACGAGGUAGUGGAGGAGGAAAUAGACGAACAUUAACACCAAACGAAAAUCAAGUUUUUGUCGGAUCAUUACCACCCGAUUUUACAGCUGACAUUCUACGAGAUUUUUUUAGUGGUUAUGGACCAGUUGUGGAUGUUAGAAUAUUUUCACCACAAAAUGCUGAAAAAAAGAAUUUUGGCUUUGUUGUAUUUGAAGAUUCAAAACCGGCUCAAAAAGUUUUAGAACAACAGCAUGUCACGUGUAAAGGUUACCGUUUGAAUGUUGAAGAAAAAACUCAAAAAAAAACCGCAAAUCAGUAUGGAGGUACGCGUAUUGGACGUAAUCGACCAUCGUUUCGUGGAUCGGCCACGGGUACCGGUACUUUAGGACGAAAUAAUAAUGCAAAUUCUAAUUCGAUAAGACCGGGUAGUGGAAAUUUGAAAAAUGGAUCAGGAGGGACUAGUUCAGAGGGACAACAAAAUGAUGAAAAUUUAUCAGACAAUUAUAACGAACAACAAUAUCAAAAAUAA